AGUGCGCCUGCCUUAGUAGUGGAUAAAAAUCUAAACUUUCCCUUUUCGAUUUUCUACGUCGCGACAACCUUUUUUAUGAAGUAUCUUCAUAAAAGGAAGAUAUUCAACGAUAUGCGACACUAAUCUCGUUCACGAUUUGACAAGCAAUUCACGGCACGAUGAGAGUGAAUCAGGAAGUUGCCGUCUGCGGCAACUCCAUCAUUCUCGUGCCCUACGAAAAGCACCACGUCCCGACGUACCAUCAAUGGAUGGAAGAUGAGAAACUUCGCCAAGCUACCGCCUCGGAGCCUCUUACACUCAACCAGGAGUACGAGAUGCAAGAGUCCUGGCGUACGACUUGCGACAAGCUCACCUUCAUCAUCUGCGAAGGAGCGCCGUUCUCCGGUCUGGAGGACGAGCUAUCACCCGUCAUUGCAGGUCAGGUCGACAUCCCAGACACUAUGACGGGCGAUGUCAACAUGUUCCUUUCGCCUUGGAUCCCUGACAACGAAGAAGAGAUGCAGAUGGUGUACGAUGAAUCGGAGACCAAGACGUACUGCACUGCCGAGAUCGACAUCAUGAUCGCGGACCCGGCGCGCCGCGGCAAGGGGCUGGGGCGUGCCGCCGUGGCCACGUUUAUGCGAUAUGUCCUCCAGAAUCUCGAGGCUAUUCUGCAUGAGUAUGACGGCUUCCACGUCAACGACGAUUACACCCACCGAAAGGUAGUGCUGAAGGAGAUGGCGGCGAAGAUCUACGAAGACAAUGCCGCCAGCAUCGCACUGUUCAAGAGCCUUGGAUUCAAGCAGCGCGGAGGAGUGAACUACUUCGGUGAGGUCGAGUUGGUGCUUGAUGAUUUUGGCGAGGACGGCUUCGAGCUUAAAGGUCCUAUUGGUGAACUGGUCGGAAUGGGUUACAAGGAGGUGGAAUACGAUCGGUCGAUGCUACAAGACUAUGUCUAGAUGGAAGGGAGGAUAUGAAGUCGAAAAAUCCAAUUGUCGUUGAUUUGCUGGUUAUGCAGGUGAGAUGAGGAAAGGGAUACUUGGCUGAGGAUUGCUGUUGUGAAGGCCACUGGUUCAUACGUGCCUGCUACUGCCUCCGCAUCGCUUACCACGAGACUUGAGAGGUAAGAAGCUUCCUGGGUCCAGCGGAAGGACUCUUCGGAGA